GAUUCUAUGAAGCCAGAGGUUGGAGCUCAUUUUAUCUCCUGGGUGGACUUACAAGGUUGGAGAUUGUCUAUCUGUAGCACGUGCUACAAAGACACAAAAACCCAGAAACAAGAACUUUGAGAAUCUGGUACACCAAAUCAACUAGCCCUUUGUAACUGGAGCCCAAGAAAACCUGGUUCUGCCAAAAGAUAUGUUCUGAAGCUUUGCGGUAUUCAGUAUCUUCCCCUGGAGGCUAGCCACAUCCAAAGGCUUUUGAAUUCUGAAUUCAUUUUUAAGAGGACUUAUAUUUCUACAACAGAAAAAUCCAAGUUUUAAAAUUUUUGUUUCUGUGAAGCCGUCUUCUUGAAGCCACUGAUUAAGCUGAAGGCCUUUCUCACUUCCAUAGUCAACUGUCCUCUGUCUCUCUGAAGAACUUAUAACUGUAGGAGAAGAUACACCUACCAAAUAUAAUAUACAUUUGAAUGAUUAAAGCUUGGACCCUACUACAGUAACAGAAGAGUUACAGGAAACCCCAGUUCACCUAUUGAAAUCUUCCUGUGAGGAAAGAGGAAAUAUAAAUCUAAUAUUUUGGAAAGUAAAGUUCUAAUAUUAAGAUUUUUUUCUGGAUCAGGAAACUGAAACCAUUUAUUUUAAUUGAAAACUAGACCUGAAAAGGGAGCUGCUGAUCUAGUUCUGAAGCCUUGGACUAUAUAUCAAUUCAAGUGAAAAGGCUGUGGAAAUUGGAAGAAAAUACCUCCUUCUCAAAUAAUAGUAAUAAUAUAUUAUCAGGUGGAGAGAAUUCUAGGUGGUUGCAAACACCUACAUGUCCAUACUAUUCCUCUGUGAUUUCAGAAGAAGAAAGAACUGGCACUUUUCCUCCACCACAUAAUGACACAUUCCUGGUGCCUAGGUCUUGUAUGCCUUCUGGUCUGUGUGUUGCCCUCCGUUUUUUCCAAGGACUGCUACUAUUGUGAUGUCAGUCCCACCACCAAAUGUCCCUCUAUCAAGAUGAGUUGUGAAGAAGAUCAAGACUGCUAUGUGGGUGAAGGAGUUGCAUUGGGAGUCCCAAUGGUUCACAACAAGGGCUGUACCCGUGCCAUCAACUGUGGGAAAGAGCAGCCUGUGACCUAUAGGGGGAUCACCUACAGCUUGGUUACCAUCUGCUGUAAUGGACAGCUGUGCAACACAGCGGAGGCCAUAGCAAAACCUUCUCUCUUUCUGCUGCUUGCCUUCACCAUCAUGCUUCUGCUGGGCUUCAUUUGAUUUAACACGAGUUACAAAACAUUUUUUUUAAAUAAAGUCUGUGGCAUUUUUCUUUAAAAGCUGAA